CUGUUACUGUAUUCGAUAUUUAAAGCCUCCGAUUACAAAUUCAAAACCCUAAGUUAUGGCGGAGCGACAUCUCCUCCGGCAAAUGUUUCGCCAUUUGCGGCCCAGCGCCGCCGUGUCCGGCGUCAGAGGAAUGUCAACCAAGGCAAUUAACGAACACACGCGUUAUUACGCCACCGCCGCUACUGCGGAGAACUGUGAAAAGGAAAAGAAUUACGAUCAAUGGCUGACCCUGCCUCCAUUUAACCCAAACGCCGACGGUUGUUCGAUCGGAAAAAGGCUUUCCGGCCAACCAGCCGACGCGAAAACGACGGCGCUGAAAUGGAUUCUCAAGUGCUGCCCUCAUAUCCCGAGGUGUCUUGUUCAGAAGCUUUUUCGCUUAAGACAGAUUCGAAAAGAAAGCUCAAAUAUGGAAGACAAAGAACAGCGGCCGAAAAGGAUAGGAGCUAAAGAUCUGAUGGAUAUAGGUGACAGAAUUUUCCUUCCUAAAUCCGUUGAUGGAACCUCUCCUUCAACAACUGCAGAGAGUCGAAACUUUUUCGAUGAAAAAGAAAUGGAAUUUGUUCGUAGCUUAGAGCUGUAUAAGGAUCCAGCUAUCAUUGUCAUCAAUAAACCGCCUGGAUUACCUGUACAGGGUGGCAUUGGGAUAAAGAGAAGUUUAGAUGAAUUGGCUGCCAAAUAUUUGAAAUUUGACUUCACAGAGUCUCCUCGUCUGGUUCACAGGCUUGAUAGAGACAGCAGUGGAAUAUUAGUGAUGGGAAGGACGCAGUUGAGCACUACCAUCCUCCAUUCUGUUUUUCGUGAGAAGACUUUUGGAGCAUCAAAUAAUGUUUGUGGAAAUAAAAAAAUCCUGCAGAAAAAGUAUUGGGCUCUAGUUAUUGGAUCUCCAAGACGUCGUGAAGGACUAAUUUCUGUGCCUUUGGUGAAGGUGGUGCUUGACAAUGGCAAAUCUGAGAGAAUCACUGUAGCAGAAAAUAACAAUACAUUGUCAGCGCAGCAUGCUGUGACAGAAUAUCGUGUGAUAGCGUCUUCAUCCCGUGGUUACUCAUGGUUAGAGCUGUCACCACUUACUGGAAGAAAGCAUCAGCUUCGUGUUCACUGUGCCGAAGUAUUGGGGACACCUAUAGUUGGAGACUACAAGUACGGGUGGCAAGCUCACAAGAAACUAGGACAUCAUUUGGACUCUGUUUCAGAUCCGAAAUGGGGUGACGAAAUAUCCAAAGUAAAAAAUGACACUUUUGCCCUUGAGUUGGAGAGUGGAAGUAUAUCCGAUAAACAGUUUCGUCUUCAUCUUCAUUGUAAGGAGAUGAGUUUACCCGAUAUUACACAGGCCUUGAAAUAUGCCAGUAUAAAUUCCGACCUAGAUACUGCAGAAAUGAAGAGCAUUACGUUAGAGGCUUGUUUGCCUGCACACAUGCAAAGAAGUUGGAGUUUACUGAGUUAGUAUUCAAAGAAGAGGAGAAAGGAUCGUGUUUGCUUUUGGUACUGAUUCAAGUUCCGGGUAAGACUAGUCUUUCUUCGAGAUUAAUAUAAUGUUUAUCGUAAUGCAUAUCACAAUUGAGCUAUUUAUUUAGAUGAUUCUUGAAAUUUAUCAUGUUUAAUCGAACACUAGGGAAAUAGGAAACUAGAAUUUUCUUAAGCCGUGAAUUAUUGCUUUUGCCAAUUGCAACCAUAGUUGUAUUGUCGUUCUU